AAGAAGAAACUGAAAUUAAUAGAGCAUUUCAAGUUUCUCCCAGGAGGGGACAGUUUUCUCAGCUGGCUUCUCUACACCCAUAGGGUGGACUGUAGAUCCUCGCUGGUGAGGAAGAAGUUCUCUCUGGUGAUCAUUACUCACAGUAGUUAUUACUUAGGCUAAGCAUCCAAAACAAGUAGAGGAAGAAGGAUCAUUGAACCCCAGCAGAGCUGAAGCUCUCCAUAGCUUCACCCAUCUUGUGCAAGGAAAAGAUUGUUGAAACGCAGCACACGUUUUGCUGUUCUGGUACGUGUGUGUGCAAAUAAAAACAUAAAUAAAAACCCUACCGAGUUCCCAAUCUAGGCCUUGAGGGUGAAAUGGCCAUAAAUUCCCUGCUAACUAUCAACAGUCCUCUGGGACGGAGCUGCCUUGAGGCUGGCUGUCCCUAGGCUAAAGUGGGGUGGAGAUCGGUUGCAGAGCAGGACUGAUAGACCCUCCAGCAGGCACGUCUAAAGUCCCAGCAAAUGGAGAGGAGAGCUGGUCUUGUGGUUGCAAGCAUGACUUGUCCCCUUAGCUAAGCAGGGUCUGCCCUGGUUUGCAUUUGAAGGGGAGACUAGAAGUGGGAGCACUGAAAGAUAUUCCCCUCAGGGGAUGGAGCCGCUCUGGGAAGAGCAGAAGGUUCCAAGUUCCCUCCCUGACAUCGCCAAGAUAGGGCUGAGAGACAUUCCUGCCUGCAACCUUGGAUAAGACAAGGUGUGUUUAUCAAACAGAAACUCUCAGCAGACAGUUCCUCUGACACACUCUCUGUUGGAUCAUCGCUACCUUCCCACUCAGACUCUCUGCCUCUUGCCUUCAAAGGAAAGCAAACUGCCAUCUACUUUGCUGGUGGCAAGUCAGACUGGUUUUUCCAACUAGCCUGUGCCGUUUGCUGGUUGCUCCAGUUGAACGCCCUGACGAAAGAUGUGUUCAUCUUCCCUUGCUCUCCUCUCUGGAUUGAUGUACAGCAGAAUCCCAGAGAGCAAACAGUCAUCUGAACAUCUUCUGCUCAAAUAAAUCUACUGGAAGCAAGAUUGGAUGAGUGAAGGUUAACCUGGCCUGACGUUUCUGAUCCAGGAUGUAUUUUUGAAGAGUGGUUGCUGUUUCCCUAUGCAAAGAAGAAGAACAGGAGACAAUUAUAAACUCCGGAGUGCUCCCGAAUGACUGGAGGACCUCACAGGCUCAGCUGAAGGGCACAGUGGUGUGGCACCCAAGUCAGACAUGAUCUGUUUUAGAAGGAAAACCUAUCUGGCCACAGCCGUGUGUCUGGUGGGGUUUGCUUCCUUGCUGGUGCUUUCCUACCUUCGGACCCAUCCGUAUUAUAUCCUACCCAGAACAGCCGUACGGAAAGGGAAGGACAUCUGCAAAGUACGAAUUACUAACAGUUCAAUCACGGUUUUAAGCGACAACAGGACCUUUAUCAUUGCCCCCUACUUGGAUGAAAGGGAGGUGAGGUUGACUCGGGUGAUAGGAAUCGUGCACCAUUCGGAAGUGAAGGAUAUUUAUUGUUCGUUCUGCUGUUCGUCCAUGGAUGAUGUCUCCCUCUCCAAGGCUGUGAUCGACGUCCAUUCGGAUCGGUUUGGAUUCCCGUACGCAACGGCGGACUUGCUGUGUCUCGAGCCUACAAAUUGCUACCCUCAUUACAUCUCAUUACACUGGUUUCCUAAAGAUGAUGUCAGCCUGUCGCCGUGGUUUGAAAUAAGAAACCGCAGACCUGAACACUCCCCCGUGGAAUUCACCGUGUGCAUUUCCACCAUGUUUGGAGAGUACAAUAACGUCUUGCAGUUCAUACAGAGCGUGGAAAUGUAUAAGCUGCUCGGAGUGCAGAAAGUGGUGAUUUAUAAAAACAGCUGCAGCCCCCUGAUGGAGAAAGUCCUGGCAUUUUAUACGGCAGAAAAGGUUGUAGAGAUCGUCCCUUGGCCAAUCGAGGCCUACCUCAAUGUUUCUCAUGAAUGGCGUUUCAAGGACAACGGGUCCCAAAUUGGGUACUAUGGACAAAUCGCCGCCUUGAACGACUGCGUCUACCGGAAUAUGUACAAGAGCAAGUACGUGUUGCUUAAUGACAUUGAUGAAAUUAUUCUGCCUGUUGAGCACCCAGACUGGAAAACUAUGAUGCAGAGUCUUCAGAAGGAAGAUCCAGAGGUUGGGGUUUUCCUCUUUGAGAACCACAUUUUCCCCAACACUGUGUUCACCUCUGACCAUUUUCCAUCCUGGAACACGAUACCUGGAGUCAACAUACUGCAGCAUAUUCUUCGAGAACCCGACAGGAAAGAAGUUCUCAACCCGAGGAAAAUGAUCGUCAAUCCGAGGAAAGUGAUUCAGACAUCCGUCCACUCCGUCCUGCAGGCAUAUGGGUCAAGCGUGGAGGUUCCGAUGGAUAUCGCCAUCGUCUACCACUGCAGAACCCCUCUGCAAGCAAACUUGCCUAAAGAAUCACUCAUUAAAGACACAACACUUUGGAGAUACCAAUCAUCGCUGAUCCUCGCUGUUAGCAAAGUCCAGCAGAAAAUACCAUUGUAAGCAGGAGGCAUAGGAAAGAGAGCUAAUACCUCCUUGGAUGCUAACUUGAGACUGUAUUUUGGAACAAACUGUUUGAUACGGCGAGACAAAGUUCCUAUCCAUGCCUGGGGAAACAAUCGCAUUUUCCCAUUGACUGUUGCCGUACAAACUGGGAACAGCAUCCUAGAAUACCUUGUUGGCUCUUGGCCACCUGAGUAUCAGUAAAGCAGCCCAAGGGAGAAAGGAGCUCUAUUCAGACAUUAUCUUGUAUGAGUGUACAGAUAUCUGUACACCUCCACAUGUGUUUGUGUGAAUGGCUGUACCUGUGUUCAUUUUAAAAGUGAACCUGGAUACAGGCCCCUCAAAAGCCCGGUACAGAUAGGAAGUGUACUGCUGUGCCUGUGUUCAACAUAACAUGUGAAUAACUGUACAAAUCUGUACCUGUGUUCACUCGUGUGAGUGUCCAACUUAAUGUCUGAAUGGGGCUUAUGUAUUUGACAGACGUCAGCAAGUACGGGGACCACAGAUCAGUCAUCCAGUGGUUCACCUGUUUCAAUAUCUUCUCUCCAAUUACAAAGGGUUAUUUCUUGGACGAUAGGACAGAGCACCAUCUUUCUCAUAAUGCCAGACCAACGAUCUAUUUUGCUCGUCCAGUGCUGUGCAUUGAGUUUUGUGCCUGGGCAAUCCAUGUUCUUCACUGACAAGAUAGUCUACAAUGUGCAUAAUUGAUGCACAUGGGGCAAAUGCGUAUACGUGGCCUUGUUUACCUACUGUAUUCUGUGGUUUUUUUCUUGCCAUGGGGGUGGCAGGAGGCAAGGUGCCAUCCGGAGGGAUGGGACCUUGCCCCUAGCCAUGGGCAAUCACAUUCUGCUGCUGCUCUAGCUUCUGAGCAUUUAGUAGGCAUUGCCCACACAGGACUAGUAACUUGCUUUGUUUUGGGUUGGACCUAUGCUUGGAAGCAGUAUACUGGGGCAAUGAAGGAUGGCUUACUGGGAGGCUUCUUAGAAGCAUCUGGCUGACCCCUGUAAGCACAGUAUGCUUUGGCCCAUUCUAACAAGGAUGCUUUUAUGUCCUCAAGCGAUAUAUAUAUAGCCAUAAAGGUCACUGGCGUAGCUACCUUACACCGAGUCAGACCAUCAGUCUAUCUAGUUCAGUACUGUCUACACUGACUGGCAGCAGCUCUCCAAGGUUUCUGGUAGGAGUCUCUCCCAGCCCUACCUGGAGAUGCUGCCAGGGAUUAAAUCUUGGACCUCCCAUAUGCAAGGCAGAUAUUCUUUCACUGAGCUAUGGUCCUUCCCCUUCUUAGCAAAGCCCCCAUGGGCUCUUGCAAUGGGGUAGGGAGUUAUUUGCAGUGUUCCAUGAUUCGCAAGAUGAUGCCCCCUCACACACAAACACCAGUUCCUUCAGGAAACUCCAAAAGUAUUGGAUUGCAUCAGCGAUCUCUAGGAACAUCGCACCAAAGAGGCAAAUUAAUUCCAGUGCAUAAUUCUUUCCAGCUGGUUUAUUUGCCUUGCAUCUUUUUUUAAGAGUACAUGUUUGUACUAGACAUGGAUUUCAACAAUCGUGUUCAACCUGUCUGCUUGGUGUGUUUUUUAAGAAGUCCAUCUUUGUACUGUACAGGAAAACCACACUCCAGAUCUGACAAAUUGGCUGGACAUCUGCAGCAAGAUUGGAAAUUUAUGCUUUGUAACCUUAUCUAUUGCAUUGGGUUUUUUGGUGUGUGUGUGUGUGUGUGUGUUGCGAUUUCAUGUGUUUUUACUCAAUGUUUUAACACUGUGUUGUGAUCCGCCCAGGGAACAACUUGUUAUGGGCCAUCUAACGAAGUUUCUUCAUUAUUAUUAGAGUCGGACUGGCAUUUUUGAAGGUUGCCCUGACUUGCCUCUCAGUAUGCCAGGCUGGCCAGAAACCUAACUCACCCAAAGGCUUUGGCCUUUAACGGUUAAAAUUGGCACCUUAUACAACAUGGAGUGACCAGCUAACAAGAGAGCUAGGUUGGUGUUGUGGCCGGCCAGUGUGUCCAAGUAGGGCCUGGUAGACCCGGGUUCUAAUCUCUCCUCAAUCAUGAUGCAUGCUGGGUGACCUUGAGCCAGUCAGACAGAGCCUCUAUCUCAACACAAUCUACCGCAUAGGAUCGCUGUAAGGAUUUAGGAAUUGCUCUCUGCUCCUGUAAUGGUCUACCUUUCACUGAGACACUGCACCCUUCUCUCCAGAUGCCGAAGCCUGUUGAAAUUGAAACUGGAAGCCUCUUGUGCAACUAUACAAAGAAUUAUAAUAACCCUGCAAUUAAGAUAGCAGGGCACUGUUGCCCAACAGAGGCCACUUCCUUCCGCACAUUGCACCUCAGGAGGGUUAAUUUUUCACAUCCAAGGGCACGAAUCACCUCCCACGGGUGCUCGCAGCCUGCGUCUCUGGGAGUUCUGGGCAUGCUUCCUGACUGGAAACAGACAAGGAGGUGUAUUGUUCUAGUUAUCUCCAAAGGAGCUGGGGAAAGUGCCGCCGAAGCCACGCCAAA